CUCUGCACACCGUCAAAGAAAGAUGCGUCUACUCAGCACAAAGGCCCUUGAAUUUCGCGACUUCCUUGGGACUGACAUCCCACGAUACACAAUUUUGUCGCACCGAUGGGAACGCGACGAGAUGUCCUACCAGGACAUGGCCAAGGAAAUGGAGCGGAAUAAUAACACUUGGCCUGGUACGACGGAUGUUUUGCAAAAGCAAGGGUAUCGCAAAAUUAGCGAAUUCCGCCGCCUGGCUCUGAAGGAUGGUUAUGAAUACAUAUGGGUUGACACCUGCUGCAUUGACAAAACUAGCAGCGCUGAACUCCAGGAGGCCAUCAACUCGAUGUAUCAGUGGUACUGGAAUUCCGACGUCUGUUACGCCUAUCUUUCUGACGUGUCUAUUCCGACUGAUCGCACGGAUGCAGAUGGCAGACUCCUCUUUAAGCCGUCAGACCUUCAGCCAUUCCAGAGGUCCCAGUGGUUCACUCGUGGCUGGACGCUCCAAGAACUGCUGGCUCCACGAGCUCUAAUAUUUGUCGACCAAAGGUGGAAAAAGUUUGGCACGGCAUAUGACUUAGAAAAUUUUAUCGAAACAGCUACAAGUAUUCAAAUUCGCAAACAUGUGCAUCGAGGUCGUACAAGAUCAGAGAUACUCCAAGUGGGACAGUGUAUGUCUUGGGCUGCAACCCGAACGACGACUAGAAUCGAAGACCGCGCCUAUUCGCUGCUAGGACUUUUCGAUGUUAAUCUGCCAAUGAUGUACGGCGAAGGGGGCCGAGCAUUCCAGCGCUUGCAAGAAGAAAUUCUCAGAGUUUAUGAAGACGCAUCUAUACUAGCAUGGAGCCAUGCCGAUGCUGACACUGCGUUCGCACCUAAUGGCUUGGCUCCAUCGCCAGACCAUUUUCGCCAGUUCCCCAGGUUGAUAGACAAAAUGAGCAAUAGUAACUUCGAGUUUGCAACAAUCAAUCCCACGCUGACACACCGGGGCGUCCAAGUCACAUUGAGGGUUCAUAUCGAUCAGCAUGACUUGGCGCUCGGGUAUGCUUUUCUACUAAACUCUGACCGUCCCUUUUCCAACAUGUUGGUUCUUCCUUUAUUGAUUACCAGAUCAACAUCGAAAUUGGGUGAAGAUAUAGAAGCCGUUAGACUCUCGGACCCCCUUUGGGUCGCACAAAGGUUUGUCGGCGAAGGCGACAAGAGACUGGUUCGUUUCCUCAGGCAAGCGCAAACUGCAGAUAUGAACCGUCAUCGAGAUGGAUUUAGCCUUUCUUCAACAGUAUGGAAAAGCUAUACAACGACAUUGACAUAUCCAACGCAAGCAAAGACUGAGAGUCGGUACUUUCCUGCCAUAUUUGGCGGAGUCACUGGAGACAUGGACGGGUUUCCUUUGCUCAAAAAGGAGCAUGUUUUUGCCAUAGAACUGAUGGAUCGCCGCCAAACUUCAGAAAGAUUUGUUGUGCUGGUGGAAUACAACAUCAAUUAUUUUGGAACUGCCAAUAUAACCGAUGUUAGAGUUAUUACGACGGGAAGGGAGAUGGAUUUGGCGGAUAUGGCGGAUUUAACUCGCUCUCGAGGAAAACGAUACCCUUCUUGUGAUCUCCUCGAUCAAAACGGCAGCGCGAUUCCAACAGAUGAAAUCGUUCAAAUUCGCAAGUUUUCCAGUUAUUGGGUUCAAGAUGAUGUUGAAGAGCUCACCAAGCCGCCAGUUCAUCCGGUUGAUGCACUGCCAGUGAAACAGCUUUGUAUUAUAGAGGAAGCUUAAUAUCGUAAGGUCUCCUAGCGCCGCGAAUCAACAAAAUACAUAUCAAGUAAUAUCAGCAUAAACUGCC